AUGGGGAGGCUGUCUUUUUCUAGAAAUGCGGGGGUGUUGCUUGCUUUUAUGUUGUUUGUGACGUUGGUGAUUGGGGUGGCCCAAUGUCGGAGGCUUGAGAAGGAAACGUUUUCUGAUGGUGGGCUUGGAGGCGGGUUUGGUGGUGGCGCCGGAGGGGGUGGCGGCGUUGGUGGUGGAGCCGGCGGCGGUAGCGGUCUUGGUGGUGGCUUUGGAGGGGGUCAUGGUGGCGGUGUAGGACUUGGAGGAGGUGGUGGCGCUGGGGGCGGUCUUGGAGGUGGCGGUGGUGCUGGUGGUGGUCUCGGAGGUGGCGCAGGGGGCGGUGGCGGUGUAGGAGGUGGAGUUGGUGGUGGCGGCGGUGCUGGAGGUGGAGCAGGUGGCGGUGCUGGCGGUGGCUUUGGAGGUGGAAAAGGUGGCGGUGUAGGAGGUGGAGUUGGUGGUGGCGGCGGUGCUGGUGGUGGAGCAGGUGGCGGUGCUGGCGGUGGCUUUGGAGGUGGAAAAGGUGGCGGUGUAGGAGGUGGAGUAGGUGGUGGUGGUGGAGCAGGUGGUGGUGCUGGCGGUGGGUUUGGAGGCGGUAAAGGUGGUGGAAUUGGUGGCGGCGCAGGCGGCGGUGCUGGUGGUGGAGCAGGCGGCGGUGCUGGUGGUGGAGCAGGUGGCGGCUUCGGAGGCGGCAAAGGCGGAGGUUUUGGCGGAGGAGUUGGUGGUGGAGGUGGUGCUGGUGGUGGAGCAGGUGGAGGCUUUGGAGGCGGCAAAGGCGGUGGUUUUGGAGGAGGAGUUGGUGGUGGUGGUGGUGCCGGCGGCGGUGCCGGAGGAGGUUUUGGCGGCGGUGCAGGGGGAGGAAGCGGUGGCGGUGUUGGUGGAGGCUUUGGAGGCGGGAAAGGUGGCGGUGGAGGCAUCGGAGGAGGAGCUGGCGGUGGUGCUGGUGGAGGGGGUGGUUUUGGUGGAGGUGCCGGUGGUGGAGGAUUCUAA